GGAAGGGUCGACUAACGUACUCCAGUUAUUGAGCGAUAAGUUUGUGAUACGGACAGGUGUUUGUCAUGUAAGCCACUCUCAUGGAAGGACCCACGACUGGAGGAUAUUAUGGGACAAUCAACUUAAACUACUGUCUUUAUAGGCCCGCCUGUCGAAUACAGCGGAGUGGGGUUGCGAGAAAAAACUCAGAAAACUGAAUUAGACUGGCGUUUGGGAAAUUGACAAGUGACGAGGGGUCAUCAUCGUGUGGCGCCAGCAAAAACGGGCAGAAAGAUAGAGCAAGGGUUGUAGUAUGAAUCUAGUGGUUCUAAUCUCUCUAUUCUGUUUCCAAUAUGUGGAAUUAGCGGAUAGUGACCAUUUUACCAACGAAUGGGUCGCCCAUAUAGAAGGUGGUGGAGAAGUUGCCAGCCGCGUGGCUCGUGACUUGGGAUACCAACUUAUAGAACCAUUGCGCUUUCUGGACGAUUACUAUGUAUUCCAUCACCCCCAGGUGCCGACCAGGUCCAAGCGUGAUGCUCAUCACCACACCCGCCGGCUCGCUAAGGAUUCCAGGGUGUUUUGGGCAGAGCAGCAGGUGGUAAAAGCUCGGGUUAAACGUGGUUAUAUCCGAGAGGAGAAGCGGACAGAGGACCGAAUGUACCGGGACAUCAAUCUCAACGACCCUUACUGGGAAAAACAAUGGUAUCUGCAUGACAUGAGAAAAAAUACGCAACAAGACAAACUCGAUCUUCAUGUUAUUCCUGCGUGGAACCACAACAAAACGGGAAGAGGAAUUGUAAUAACCGUCCUGGAUGACGGUAUUGAAGGAGGUCACUCGGAUUUAGCCAUUAACUACGAUCCAUAUGCCAGCUGGGAUCUGAACGACGGUGAUCCCGAUCCAACGCCGAGAUACGAUCCAACUAAUGAGAACAAGCAUGGGACAAGAUGUGCCGGAGAAAUCGCAAUGGUUGCAAACAACGGUAUAUGCGGUGUGGGCAUAGCCUUUAAUGCCAAAAUUGGAGGCGUUCGUAUGUUGGACGGUAGAGUAACUGAUCGAUUAGAAGCUGACGCUAUUAGUUUCAACCAUACCUAUAUCGAUGUGUACAGUGCUAGCUGGGGACCUAACGAUGAUGGUAAAACAGUGGAAGGACCUGGUCACCUGGCGAGGAAGGCGUUUGAAGCAGGAAUUACCAAGGGCCGUGGUGGCAAGGGCGUGAUCUAUGUGUGGGCCUCUGGUAACGGGGGUCGUUACGGUGACAAUUGCGACUGUGACGGGUAUACGGGCAGUAUAUACACCCUUUCCAUCAGUAGCGCCUCCCAGCAAUGCGACUCUCCCUGGUAUGCCGAGAAGUGCGCCUCCACUAUGGCCACCACCUACUCCAGCGGCGCCUAUGAGGAUCAGAAAAUUGUAAGCGCAGACCUCCAUAACGGAUGCACGAAAGACCAUACGGGUACUUCGGCAGCAGCACCCCUAGCGGCAGGAAUUGUGGCUCUUGCAUUGGAAACAAACCCCACGUUAACAUGGCGUGACGUCCAACAUCUCGUGACGUGGACGUCAGAGUACGCUCCCCUGAAUAAGAAUCCCGGAUGGAAGGUGAAUGGCGCCGGUUAUCAGGUCAACAGCCGCUUUGGCUUUGGAUUACUGAACGCUGCUAAACUUGUUGAAGAAGCUAAUCCAGCAAUUUGGAAGAUCGUUCCAGAAAAAGCGAUAUGUGAAGUAAAUCAAACAAAAGCAUCUAACUUACCCAAGACAAUUCACAACGGCCAAGAGGUUGUGAUAACCAUACAGACGUCAGGCUGUAAACACCAGGCCAUGGAGAUUAACUACCUGGAACACGUGGAGAUUGUACUUACCAUGGACUACUCUAAGCGCGGAGCACUACACAUCAACCUUACGUCGCCCAUGGGUACCGAGACCAUGCUGUUGUCCAAGAGACCAAGUGACACAUCUACCAAAGGCUUUAACAACUGGGCGUUCAUGUCUGUUCACUCCUGGGGAGAGAAGCCCGAGGGUACGUGGAAACUGAAGAUACGAGAUGAUACUGAUGACAUCAACCGAGGACAGAUCUCCAAUGUUAAGCUGAUUCUCCAUGGUACUCAGGAGCAGCCAGACCAUGUGAAACGUGCCGGAGGACGGAGAGUGUAUAACAAACACUACAACUCUGUACAGGACAACAAGCGGGCACGGAAUGAAGCUUUGCACGCGAGGAAAGUUGCCAGUGAAAGAUUAGCUGAACAAGAGGCCUUGAAGGAGCUAUUAGAAGCGGAGUUUCAGAAGUUGAGUGACAGGUCGGAAUCGUACUCACUCCCGGAUCUCUCCGAAUAUAUCAGACGAUGACGACAUUUAUGACCUAUUUUUGAGAAGUUACAGAAUGGAUAAGAAAUAGAAGUGUCGAGUAUGCUGGUAUGGUCCUCGAGGCUCAACUAUACUCAAAUAAAGAUUUCUAUAGGGAUUUAACUCUACUUCCGCUAAUUGAUCAUGAAAGAAAAAAAAACUGGAAUUAGCAGCUAAUCGUAUAAAUAAAAUGGUGGAUGGCUGCAGCGCGACAAAGUUGCUGACCACUCUUCAAGAAGUUUUACAGGUCCCCAGACAAUAUGGUUUCUUCUUCUAAACCCACGUCGCAAAAAAACCCAGCAAUGUUGGCAUCAUGAAAAUUAAGGUCAGCAGACACUAUUUGCAGUCACCAAUAAAAACGCACAAAAAGGCAUGGUCUUCGCCUUUUAUAGAAAAAAAUCAAGCGAUUUGGAAAUAUGCCAUUAGAUUAUUACUAUAUACGUAUAGGCAUGUACACGUCAAAUAGCGCCAAAUAUUAAUGCAAUGCGCAUUCAACCAUCAGUCUUUUCUAACACUCCCUGAGGAAACUAGAAUUCAAGGCAGUUUCGUGAAUUAGGGUAUCAUAUGAUAGCUAUGUACAUGUAGGCAAGAAGAUGGUAUACACAUGCAUAAACUUUCAGUUAACAUUCAGCCAAAUUAAAAAAUUAUGUAACAAUAAACUAUUAACCUACCACCAAAAAGAAUAUUUAUAUCACGUUUUCAUCCAAACAGUUGUAUAAAAAAAACCUUAAUUUUAUUUUGUGAGCCAUUACUUUGCCUGUACAAAGUCAUUGUUAUAUGCAUAUAUUCUGAUGAAUGCUGUUUAAGAAGCAAACCAUGGAAACAACACACUUCUCUGUAAAUACAUCAAUUUGGUUUUUGUUCUUUAAAAUCUAGCUUUUAUAAUUUGACCACCCCUGUGAUAGAAUUGUGACCUGUCAACGUUACCAGCUGAUAAGGCUUGACAAAUAAAGCAUCGUAAAGGAAAUAGUGUUCUUUCUGGCGUCUCCAGUAUUUCUGGACACUGUAGUACAAGUACCUUCCACGAGCAGUCGUUAUACCUGUUACAUAUUUAUGUGCUAU